AUGCCCGAGCUCGACAUAGAUGCUACCUUUGGAACUGAACCUGUGCUCAAUGGGCAGGAAUUCAGGUGCUUCACUGACAAUCUUGCAAAGAUUGUAUCAGCAUUUCAUGACAAAGCUACCACUAACGAAGCUACAGCACGAAAUUGCAUUAACUCUUUUAUGGUUGAGGCAGUUAUUAAAGUUAGGUCGAAAUUUCUGUCAACAAUGCUGGCUGUUGAAGAGGACUUCGAUGGAAGUUGUGGCUAUGAUCCUCUGGACUCUGUUUUCUAUUCAGAGGCACUCAACAUUGUCAAUUUUGUUUUAAUUACUCAUUUUGGACUGUUCUGCUUACACAUUGCUACUUUCAGAAACGUAAGCACAAGCUUGCUUGGUGAGUCAAUCACCAAAUCCCCAAUCAUCUGCGGCAUCGUGUCGACUGGAAUAGCAGGGCAAUUCCUUCGCUGGUCCGGUACACCAGAAGACCCUACUGUAAAAAUCUCUAAGAUUGUGUUGACACCACAAACUGAAGUGGAAACUGAAAGAAUUGACAAAGAUAAGAAAGAAGAUGAGGAGCGAUUGGCCAAGCAUGUGUAUCUUGAGUUAUUCUGUCUCAAAGAUGAAGACUUUGCCAAAGCCAUCCAGGAAUAUAAAGCAGUUAGAAAGAGAAA